GAAUACACUGUCCUAUGCAGAGUGCCACGUUUAGCAGGGGGAGUGGAGAAAUUGGACCAUAAGCCACCAAGUGAUCAAAGGAGUUCAACUGGCAGACCCCUCAGGAGCAGAGGAAGGUGUGAUCGUGGUGCCUUGGCCCCCUGGUCUCCUCGGGAAUGAAGGUCAUCGGGGUUCUUGUGGUCUUCGCCUCCUGCCUGAUGGCCCUCACCCACAGCAGCUUCUGGCAGUUUCAAAGGAUGGUCAAACACAUCACUGGGCGGAGUGCCUUCUUCUCAUAUUACGGAUAUGGCUGCUACUGUGGGCUUGGGGGCAAAGGGACUCCUGUGGAUGACACUGACAGAUGCUGCCUGGCGCACGACUGCUGCUACGAGAAGUUGAAGCAUCUCGGCUGCCAGCCCGUGCUGAACAGCUAUCAGUUCCACAUCGCCAACGGGACCGUGGUCUGUGAAUGUGCCCUCGGUCCUGGUGCUGCCUGCCUCUGUGGGCUGAGGGCCUGCGAGUGUGACAAGCAAUCUGCAUACUGCUUCAAAGAGAGCCUGCCCACCUACGAGAAAAACUUCAAGCAGUUCUCCAGCCGGCCCCGGUGCGGCAGGCGUAAACUCCAGUGCUGUGGGGCCCCGGGGUCCACUUGUUGGUCAGCACCUGCUCCAGAAUCUUCCAGGAAGCCCCUCACAUCUUCCCCACGGGCUCCGGUUCUUGCAGCUCACGCUUCAGCAUCCGGCCUAGGGCACUCCUCUGUCCCUCGGCAUCAGGGGACUGGAGAUCAGCCAUGGAAGAGACAAAGCCCUGGCCUUCUAUGGAGGGAGACAGACCGUAAAUAUACACACAAAUAA